AUGGCCGGUAACAAGACACAGUCCAUGGAACUUAAAGCCAGAACCAGUUUGUCAGCCCUAGGAGUCCAUGGUCAUUCACACCUUGAACUCAGGCAUGGAAGCCUGAGAGUCGAGUGCAGAGAGAAUGAGAUUCACCUGUGGGACUGUCCUCUCUCCCUGAAGAACCACACUGACUGCUCCAACAAAGAUCACGCUGGACUCACCUGUGCAGAUUUGUCAGUGUCCACUACUCCGGCCACAACAACAUCAUCUUCUCCUCCAGUUUCUCAGACAGUGAGCUCAACAUCAGUCUCUCGUCCACAAACUCCUCCGUCUCUCUCUGUGCUUGUGAUUGUACUGGGAGUUGUGCUCUUACUGCUCUUAGUGCCACUGCUUAUACUGAUUCAGCAGAACAGAGUGAUGAGGAGAGCUCUCUCUAAGAACACUGAGGCCAUUUAUGAGGAGCUUCACAGACCCACUAAUAGACACCAUCUCUUCACUCAUAGGGAAUCUGCAGUAGGAGUCACACCUGACUACUAUAAUGAUGUCACCAACUCUAAAGGUCCAGCAGGUCAGUGA